AUGGCAGAAGAAGGUGCAACAACAACAUGUCCAGAAAAUAGGGUUAUAACAGGUAGUGAUUUAUUAAGCUUUAAUGAAAACAUUACUAAUGAAAAUUUUAAACCUGAAUUAUUAAAAAGAACAGAUUUAAAAUUAUCAACCUCAAAUGGUUUUAAAGUUACAAAUGUUUUAACAAAAGAAGAAUGUUUACAUUUUAUUGAAGAAAGUGAAAGAAAAGGUUAUGUUUCAAUUGAAAAAGAAUUUCCAACUGGAUAUCGUAAUAAUUUAAGAUAUUUAGGAAAGAGUGAUAAAUUAUCAGAUAUUUUAUGGGAAAGAUUAGAAGCAAUUUUUAGAGAGAGUGAUUUGGAAGGUGUUAGACCUUAUGGUUUCGAUCAAAAGGGAGUUUGGAUUCCAAUUGGUAUUGAUAAUUGUUUUACAUUUAGCAAAUAUUUACCAGGUAGUAGAUUCAAGGCACAUUAUGAUGCAGUAUUUGCAGACAACCCAGAUAGACGUUCAAUUUAUACCAUUCAAAUUUAUUUAAACGAUGGAUUUAAAGGUGGUAAUACCAAUUUCUUUACCUCUGAGAACCCAUUGUUAUUGGAUAAACAUGUAUUGGAGGACACAGUAGUUCCAGAGAGUGGUAGUGCAAUCAUUUUCAAUCAUGAUACUCUCCAUGAUGGUGGAGAAGUUUUAGAGGGUGUCAAAUAUAUUGUUCGUGUCGAUAUGAUGUUCCUUCGUAUAGAUAAGAAUUUGGAUGAAGAGAUUUCAGCUCAAGAGAAGGCAGAGAUGGAAUUGGCAAAGACAACAUUCUUUAAAGCCGAUUCAAAGGAAAAGGAUGAGAAAGAUCUUGAGUCUGCAAUUUCGUUAUAUGUAAAGGCUCAAAUGUUAUUGACGGGUUAUCCAUCAAUUGAUGCAAUCACUCAAAAGAUAAAGAAUAUGAAUAUUUCAGUGACAUCACCAUUGAGAAAGAAACCAUUGGUGACACUAUCAACCAUACCAGAGGUGCAACUAUUCGAUAUUUUAGUGCUAUUGAAACCAAUUGAUUUGGGUAGAUUAAGGGUCACCAGUAAGUACUUUGCAACCAUCGUGGCAAAGGAUUCACUUUGGAGAAGAAUUUAUAUUCGUGAUUUCUCAAUGGAGGCAUUCAAUUUUGAAAAGAAUUACGUAUUGAAUUUCAAAGUUAAUUCAAUCCACGAAUCAAUUGUUAAAUCUAGUAAAUCAAAACCAACCAAAAUGGAUGUCAAGAGAUGGAUGUUAACCUAUCAAAAUAUUCACACCUUUUAUAAAAAGAAUCAAAUCGUGAUCCUAGAUAUAGGCUCAGAGAGAGUUAAACUUUGUAGUUCCUCAGAACCUAUAAAUUAUGCUUUUUCUUUUGUUCAAAGAGUUGGUAAACGUCAAGAAUAUCAACCUCACUAUGUUAUGUCGUCAAUGGAUAGAUACAAAUGGGUAGUUGGUCCUGAUACAACCACCUCUGACCUUUAUUUUGGUGUUAGAAAUGGUAGAUUCCUCGAGAAUGAACCAUUGAAAGAAUUGAUUAAAUAUUCGGUUCAAAGAGUACUCAAAAGAAUAAGAAUAAAUGCCCCAAUCGUUUUAAUUGUAAAUCCUUUGAAUUAUGCUGGUUCUGAUGGUGGUAAUUAUCUUUCAAAGAUUAGAAGAUACCUACCAAAUGAAUUGGUUCUCUAUAAAAAUGGUGGUUUAUUAGCAUUACAAUCCCAUGGAUUAAAGAGUGGUUUGGUUUUAAUGUUUGGUAGUCAAACCACUGUUUUAGCCGCUUUUCAAGAUGGUCAACAAAUUGAUGCAAUCAAUUUAUCUAUGAUUGGUCAAGAUAUCAUUGAUGAAGCUAAUAGCAUAGCUGCAAUGGCCGGUGAAAAUUCUGAAUGUCAUAAAGAUUUGUAUACUAAAAGUUACUCUUAUCAAGAUUCCUCCUAUUCUACUACUAAAGGUGGUCUUUCAUUAAAACCUACAUGGUAUCAAAUGGUCAGAGUUAGUCUAGAUUUUGAAAAUGAACAAAGAAAUACUCCAACCUCCAAACAAUUCAUUACGAAAAUUCCAGAAAUCUACUUUAAUCCACAACUCUCUGAAAAAAAUAAAGCCUCUGAAAAUAUUAUCGUUACACUCACCAAUUUCGUCAAUCAAAUGGGAAAUCGUCCAGCUUUUAAAAAUAAUUUAGAUGAUCUCUCAAAAUUGGUCAUCACUGGUGGUUUCUCUUGUAUUCCAGGUUUGGCUGAAAGAAUUAAAAAAGAAUUGGAACCAAAGAAUAUAAAUCAAAUCUAUUUUUCUGACACUCCUUACUGUGAUCAAAUCAAAGGUGCUAAAAUUGAUAUUAAUUUAACUGAAUCUUUACAUGAUGGAUAUCAAAAGGUUUAA